AGUGACUCAAGGCAACACCUCUUGGCUUCCUUCGCGACCACUGGAUUCGAAAUGGUUUGACUGUCCUCGAAUACUACUCCUUUGAAGUGUCGACACCGUUGUACGUAGUACAUGAUGACACACGGCGAUAAAGUCAGAUCCUGACUUUGUUUUAACACCUGGAUGGACUCCCUUCAUUAAAAGUAGGAGCGGAGACCACCUGAUUGUGUAACCGCUGACCGGCCUCUUCGUCUUGGGAGUGACAUACUGGCUCCAAGUCAAAACGUGAAGAUUCUGCUCCGCGAUAUCCCGGUUAUCUGCUAGGUAGAACAUAAUUCAGGGGCAAUAAUCAUCAUAACAAAGAAAGUGGAUGAAAGCGUGAAACUCGACCAUGAAGAUCUCAGACCCGCUCGGAAAAGUGUAUACUCACACUAUGUUUAAGAAGCGAUCCAGUUAUGACAUGAAGUCCAAGGACCCCAAAUAUGCCAAACAGUCCAGUGAGAUCUCCGAGGAUGAGGAGGAUCUGGAGGAAGACAUCGAAAUGGAGCAUGAGGAGCACAACUCUGACAUUUCAGAUCAAAGUGACGACAGCCUUAGUACCAAGAGCUCUAAACUUGCCGAGCAACAACACCAACAAAGACAUCAUCCGAGUAGUGCCCAUGUGCAAUCUAGUUCCUCACAUCACCUCAAUCAUCACCAUGGAAGUCGACGGGAACCCAGAAUGUCUGUGGUAAGCUUUAAACGAUGGAUGCAGUUUGUCCCCCAAAAGACUCAAAACAUGCAGAAGAAAUCGCAAAAUUGGAAAAUAUGUCAAAAAUAUGCAUCGAAGCCAGAAGUAGAAAAAAACCAUAUCAAUUCUUAUCAUAUUAAUGUCUGUCCCUCAUUAUUGAUAACAAAACCUUAUUUGUUUUUCAAUUUUCAGAGCCGUGGUGAAGAGCGUGACCGAGAAGAUGCCAUUUCUUUUGCUUCGAGAGCAUCGCGCAAAAGUGUCAAUGCCUCCCAAAGGCGCCUUCCAAGGGCCACCACCGCUAAUUCAUCAACGCGAUCGCGGCGAUCCACGGUGCCGCAAAGCUCAUCCAAGAAAUACCCACCAGAAUCUGGCCUCGGGCACACCUACAACUUGUGGUCCUCGGUGAACAGCCUCAAACGAGAUCAUCGAAGACGAUUCAACCGAAGUCUUUGCGGAGUCUUACUCGGGAUUUCGAUCGUUUUGGUCAUUUUGGGUAUUUUGGGCAUCAUCGGGAUCGCCGUUUAUCUUGGGGUGGUUCAAAAAUUGGACGGAGAUGGUCGAGAUUUGAUCUCGGUGGAUGGAACGUUCCGCGUCAAGUCGGAGGAAUUUUCAAUAUCGCUUCUCAACCCAGACACAAACGUUUAUCGCUUGAAGGCAAAGAAAUUCUCCGAGGCGAUAAGUAACACUUACAUGAAGAGCAAUUUGAAAGAAGCCUUCGUUAAGACCUUAAUAGAUGGAUUUGCCUCAGGGAGCGUUCGUGUCUUCUUCAAGAUCAUUUUGGACAAGCGUUAUCUUCCACCGAGCUUGCAAAGAGAUCCCGUGGGACACGUGAAGGACAUUCUGAUCCAGGAGAUCAUGACUUUGAGCGGAGGAGAAUUUGAAGAGGACGACAUUGACAUUGACAGCAUUCUCUUUGACAACUCAAAACUGCAAGAAACCACUCAAUUCUACAAGCCCGAACCAUAUCAAGCUGAUGAACCUGAGACGCCUGAAAAACCUGAGAACAAGUCAUUAUGGCAGAACUUGAUGGAACGUCCCAAUAACAAAGUGAUUCAUUUGAAGGACACAAACAUCUCCGAGAAAGAGCCACAUAAAGAAACGAACGGCUUUAGGUCUGCCUCUGCCAGAUCAGACAUGGAACAAAUACUGAGUUCAUCCCGACAUGGAGACCAAUUUAAGCCUCAUUUGGAACUCUCACAGGGACCGACUAUGUACAACCCAAAAAUUGUCCCUAGUAUCCCGAUUCCUGCGGGUGUAAUGAAUCGACCGAGCUUGAAGUUUGAUCCACCUUUGCCGAGUACACCGGUGCCAGUUCAGUACAGUCCCUCGCCUGUUCCCAAUCGCCUCUUGUCUCAUUCACCAACACCUUCGCGAAGAUCGGGCAUGAUGCAUCACUCCACACGAGGCCCCAUUGUGACGCAAAUUCCCAACAUUCGAGUUCGAAAUCCUUCCCUUCCAACUAAGGCACCGAGUAUUAUGCCUAGACAUGGAACACGUUUUUCUACACCCAGGAACAAUAACCGCAACAUGAACCCAAGGGCGAAUAAUAAUAAUAACAAUAAUAAUAAUAAUAACAAUAACAAUCCAUUUCAAAAUCGAAGGCAUGACAAUAACAACGACGAUCUGGACUCCGAAUUAAUGUCCCCGUUUAUGGAACCCCCGCCCAAGCCUCAGUUUGGAGUUCCAAUCAAUCAUAACGGCCAGCAAACAUUCAUACCCUCUAUUCCUGCUCCAGCAAACCACCCUUCAAACAUACUCAGCAAUCGAUCCAAACUCUCAGCCACACCACCAUCUGCAUUGAUUGACAGGCCUUCCAUUCUCAUUACACCAAAAGCAGAUCCACCGAAUUCAAUUCCAUUCCGCCAAGGAUCAGAAUCGAAAGUAAAACAUCAACAUUUCGUCACCAAUACUGAUCUUUCCAACAACGGUCCCACCCUCAAGACUCCUCAACAGAUGUUACGAGAAAAAAUAUUUGGACAAAGUGGAAGUACCAGAGAUAAGCAAGAACAAGGCGAUGUCAAGGAGGAUCAGAUGAAGGAACCGUCAAAUAACUUCGACAACAUUUGGAAUGUCGAUUUGGACUCUGAGGAGCUCAUGAUGGUUUCUGAGAGCUCAAACUCGAAUGGAGAGGGGAGUAUUGGAGAAAGUUUAUGGACCAGCCUUCAUAAGGCCAAUUAUCCACACAGUAUGCCUGCUAUGACUAAUUCAGCACCCAGCUCUCCACGACCAAGACGUUUACCUUUGGGCAAUGGAGGGCAGUCCUCGACGGGAAACGCCCUGAAUUUGGUUGACGGUGUGGUUAUGGCCAACCAAAAGACCAAUGCGUUUAAAGUGGGAGGUUCUUUUGCCGUCACGAGCAAACCUGGAACGGCUGGUAAAGAAAUACGAGUGGAAGAUGCUCUUCCAUUCCGAGAUGAUCCAAAUAUUCUCCAUGCCAAACAAGUUCCAAGUGGAACGCAACUUCACCAAGGACCUCAUGGACCAAUGAUCACUUCCCCUAAUCCAACUAAUUACCAAGUGACUCAAACACCAUCUGCUCCUCAAAUGGGGUACCAAAAUAACAACGACAAGCCAAUGAAUGCUCAAAACAAUCCCAUGGGACGAGGCGUGGGAGGCAAUGUGGUGCAUAAUUCUCACAACCUGCCCGGUCCUGGCAAUUAUAACCCUCCUUUGGAAAUCUCGCCCAGACCCAUGCAAGGUGAUCCUGGAUCUGGACAACAACUCAUUAAGAACUAUUUGAUGGAAAAGGCUCUGAUUGCGGAGCAAAACAAAUUAGCUCCCCAGAUCUUUCCGCAAAGAAACCAGCUUCACUUUUUCAACGGCUCGCCCACGCCUAAUCUGCUCACCCCACAGACCAAAGAAGGCACGCCCCGACCAGGUCCACCCAAAAAGAAAGGAAGGCUACCCCAACGACCUUCACGCAGACCAAAUGCUCCUUCCAAAGAUCCAUUGGACGCUAUUCCACAGGCUUUAGCACGUUUAGGUCAAUUCGACCUGUCAGCCUUGAGCGGAAUCAAGCGUCAAGAUUUAACAGGAUCUCUGAUUCCCGCGGCCGCAGUUGGAGCUCUUACGGCUGGAAUUGGACCUUUGACUGUUUUUUCCAAUCUGUUGAACGCUUAUGCCACCAUGGAUAGUAAACACGACAUCACUGACAAAUUGGUCAAGUCCGCCUCCCAAUGGUUAGGUGUGGACGCAAAUGAUCCGGAAUUGACCUCUUCAAAGACCACAACCAGACCAACGACUCAAACUGAGGCCACAACCACCACAACGCUUACGACAAUGUCCUCAUCUUCAUCUCAAAUGACGAGCUCAGUAGUUAAAUCGUCGGAACAAUGGACCACAACCACAACUCCAUCAACCACUCGAGUUAUGGAGGAUUGGUAUGGUGCUCCUUAUCAGGCGGUAGUUGUGGAUUCCAACGAUCUGCCUCCCGUGAAAUCCAAUGUGAAUCCUAAUCAACCUCUUCGUAAGAAGCCUCCGUCUUUGGGUCAAUUCAAAGCCACGCCCAAACCAAAUAGGUAUGGCUAUGACGACAACAAGUAUAAACACACUUUCAAUCAAAACUCAGUCCAAUAUGGAGUGAGCAAUCCCAAUUUUGUUUCGGACAAUCUGCCCCCGGUCACGGACAAUUACGGUCCCACCGAUUUUGUAGUGGAGACGGUCAAGUUGGACAAGGAUUUCUUCCAUCAUUUCUUCACGGCUAAACCCAUGCUUUUGGGAACUGAUUUCGUAACCUCGACCUCAGUUCAGGUGAACCAUGGGCGUAAGCGGGGCCGAGAAACCACGGCUGACGAGUUUUCAGAUUACGAGGACUCGGAGGCUGUGAAGGAAAUGAAGAUCCAGGAAAUGAUCAGCCAACGCAUUCAAAGCCGUUUAGGAGAAGCUGCUACAGAUCCAGCUGAGGUAAUUGCCACUCUGUCAAGUACUCCGGGAACCUCGACGACAACCGUUACCACCACUACAAGUACUACAACAACGACUACUACUACUACCACUAAAAAUACACCACAAUCGACCACAUUUUGGACAACAACAGUCCCAACAACCUCAACGACCACCACUUCGACAAUGCCUCCCACAACUAUCCCCAUUUCUAGACAAAGUGACACCCCUAUUAUUGUAAAUAACGUUCACAAAUUCAUGCGCUAUCAGAUUCCCCCUGAGGUCAAGAUCACCCAUGAUCUUUCAGUUCCCAAGUAUGCCACUUCCGAGAAAACUCCUGUAACUUCGUUGCACGAGAUUGGUGGUCCCAGGUUCAAUCGAUUUGGAAAGGCUGGUCACCCUGAGUCUGGAAAGUCACCAAAGGCCCUUUCUGAAGGAAAGGAGUAGCAAAGUGUGUGUGUGUGCCAAAGCUCAUGGAAGACCGUUCCAAUGUAUCAUGUCUCUAUGCAAUAAUAAGAAUCAAUUCGUGCAAUACUUUCCAUCUCCAUGUGAUAUUUCUGUAAAUUCA